AUGCUGGAUAGAGAAAUGUUAGCUGUCUGCGGAGCGGGCACCUGUCAAGUGAUUGUAACCACUCCUGUGGUGAUGCUAAAGAUCCAAUUACAGGAUGCUGGGAGAAUAGAGGCCCAGAGGAGGCUGACUGGCCAGCAGGGUGGAAGAGGUGGAGCCAAAGUGAGUGUUGUUCAGGUGAAGUCUCCCACUACUCUCCAGCUGUCUAAAGAUAUGCUGAAGGACAAAAGCAUCGUUGGUCUCUAUAAGGGACUGGGGGCCACUCUAUUAAGGGAAGAUGUGCCCUUUUCCAUUAUCUACUUCCCGCUGUUUGCUAACCUGAACAGCCUGGGCAGGAGGAAUGUUGAUGGCUCGGCUCAGCUUUACAUGUCCUUCCUCUCUGGCUGUCUUGCAGGAUCCACUUCAGAUGUUGCUGUUAAUCCUGUGGAUGUGAUAAAGACCAGGCUUCAGUCAUUGGCUAGUGGACGUCAGGAGGACACUUAUAUUGGAGUCAAAGACUGUAUCAGCCGGUUUUUAAAUAACGAGGGUCCCAUUGCAUUCAUGAAGGGGGCAUACUGUCAUGCAUUGGCCAUUGCUCCCCUUUUUGGCAUCGCUCAGGUGGUUUACUUCAUGGGAGUUAGUGAAUUUGUUCUCAGCCUCCUGUCAGGACAAAAACAUUGA